CAACAGGCACUCCGGACCCCGCGCUGGAAGAAAGUACGCGAUGGGUUCCAAAACUCGACGUCGGUCUCGCUCCAAGUCCAGAAACCGGAGCCGUGAGCGGCGGAACAAGUCCAAAGUGAGUGGGUCUAGAUCUCCGGAGGACAGAAGACCUCGCAGUCGGUCUGUGGACGCGAAAAGGACGGCCCGUGGACGUGGACGGUCGAGCAGCAGGGACUCAGGCGACGGCUCUCCUGGCCGAGGUCGGCCUCAACGCAGGGACCGUCCAGGUUCCAGGAGCGGCUCGGACAGUGACAGGAUGCGAGCCACACACCGGGACAGGAGCCAGUCGAGGGGUCGGUGUGCAAGCUUUGAUUCAGAUGAUCCAACGGUUAGGAGGAAGAGACAGGACAUGAAGAAUCGCAGAGAAACAUCACAAGAGAGGAGAAGGGGAAGAUCUGACUCCAGUGACAGGAGCAGUGACAGAGAAAGGAGCAGACGGAUAAGUCCGGCCAGAGAGAGUCCAGCUAGAGACAGACCAAAGACGGUCAAAGACAGAGAACGGUGGAGGAGCAACAGCAGAGACAGGGAAAGAAAAGGAGAGAAAGACAAAAGCCGAGAGUGUAGGAAGAGGAGUGAAGACAGGGAGCGAGGGAGGAGCGUGAAAAGCAGAGAGAGGACUGACAAAGACAAAGGCAGGAGGCACUCCAAUUCUUCAGAUUCGUCUGAUAGCUCUGGAUCUGAUCGUGGGGGCCGUGUGGUGAAAGAAAAAGAGGACAAGAAAAAACAGAAGGAGAUGUUGAAAGCUCUGGAAACACCAGAGGAGAAGAGGGCUAGGAGGCUGGCAAAGAAGGAAACAAAGGAGAAGAAAAGGAGAGAAAAGAUGGGCUGGAGUGAGGAGUACAUGGGAUACACCAACGCUGACAAUCCCUUCGGUGAUAACAACUUGUUAGGCACAUUCAAAUGGCAGAAGGCACUGGAUAAGAAAGGAAUUGGUCAUCUUGGUGAAAAGGAGCUUAAAGACAGGAACAAAUGUAUUCAGGAGGAGAACCGCAGAGAGCUGCAGAAGGUGAAACAGCUGCGUCUUGAGAGGGAGCGGGAAAAAGCCAUGAGAGAGACGGAGCUUGAGAUGCUACAGAGAGAGAAGGAGGCGGAGCACUUCAAAACCUGGGCUGAACAGGAGGACAACUUCCAUCUGCAUCAGGCCAAACUACGGUCUAAGAUUAGAAUCCGGGAUGGUCGCGCCAAGCCCAUUGACCUUUUGGCUAAGUACAUCAGUGCAGAAGAUGACGAUCUCGCUGUGGAGAUGCAUGAGCCAUACACCUUUCUCAACGGGCUCACCGUCACGGACAUGGACGACCUGCUGGAAGACAUAAAGGUUUACAUGGAGCUGGAGCAAGGGAAGAACGUGGACUUCUGGAGAGACAUGACGACUAUCACCGAGGACGAGAUCAGCAAACUGAGAAAGCUGGAGGCCUCUGGGAAAGGACCAGGUGAUCGCCGUGAGGGCAUCAACACAGCUGUGAGCACUGAUGUUCAGACGGUGUUCAAAGGAAAGACAUACAGCCAGCUGCAGGCGCUGCACCUGAACAUCGAGACAAAGAUUCGGGCUGGAGGAUCAAAUCUGGAUAUUGGUUACUGGGAAAGUCUGCUCCAGCAGGUCAGAGUCUACAUGGCCAGAGCAAGGUUGAGAGAGCGACACCAGGAUGUGCUGCGUCAGAAGCUGUUCAAGCUGAAACAGGAACAAGGAGUAGAGAGUGAACCUUUGUUCCCCAUCAUCAAAGAGGAGCAGAGGAGUGAUGAAGAAGAAGAGGAAAGAGGAGAGCAAACAAGAGGGGCAGUAACAGAAGAGGCCGACCAGGCUUCAUCCUCCUCCACAAAAUACAGGAACAGAGGACUUGAGGAUGAUGGAGAGGAGGCAGGACCGUCAACAUCCACAGCAGGAAACCAAGAGAAGGACGAGGGAGAAAAGGAUGACAAGAAAGAUGAGGAGAAGGGAGAGGUGGUGGAGGCGGUGCUGACAGAGGAGGACCUGAUCCAGCAGAGCCAGGCGGAGUACGACUCUGGCCGCUACAGUCCCACACUGCUCACGCAGUCCGAGCUGCCACUGGACACACACACCAUCACGCCCGAAGAGGACACACACAGGCUGCAGUUGGCACGCAGACAGCUACAAGUCACAGGUGAUGCCAACGAGAGUGCAGAGGACGCCUUCGUACGACGUGCAAGAGAGGGCAUGGGCAACGACGAGGCCCAGUUCAGCGUGGAGUUUCCUGUCACGGGUAAAAUGUACCUCUGGGCCGACAAAUACCGUCCCAGGAAACCCCGCUUCUUCAACAGGGUCCACACAGGCUUCGAGUGGAACAAAUACAACCAGACGCAUUACGACUUCGACAACCCUCCCCCGAAGAUCGUCCAGGGUUACAAGUUCAACAUCUUCUACCCGGACCUUAUCGAUAAGCGCUCCACCCCGCAGUAUUUCCUCGAGCCCAGUCCCGACAACAAGGACUUUGGGAUUCUGAGGUUCCAUGCAGGCCCUCCGUACGAGGACAUCGCCUUUAAGAUUGUGAACAGGGAGUGGGAGUACUCGCACAGACACGGUUUCCGCUGUCAGUUUGCCAAUGGGAUCUUCCAGCUGUGGUUCCACUUCAAGAGGUAUCGCUACAGGAGAUAGAGGCCACAUACCAAGAGCAGAGUCACAGUAUAGUGUAAGAGCUGUACAGUCAACGUGCUAUGUUUUUUCCUAUAUUAGCUGCACUUUGAGUAGCAUUUUCUUAAAGAUACAAAUUUGUCUGUACUGUCAAGAGAGUCAACUGUAAUUCUUUGAAAUUAAAAAUUAAAGUUUUUUUUA